GAUGAUCUCCCAGGUCUUCAUCUUGUCCUCGAAGGGGGACCACCUCAUCUACAAAGACUUCCGUGGAGAAGCUGGCAGCGACGUCGUUGGUAUUUUCUAUGAGAAGGUCACAGCGCUGACCGGAGACCAGCCUCCGGUCGUCAUGAAUCACAGGGAUCUUUACUUUGUCCACAUCAGGCAGGGAGGACUGUAUUGGGUCGCCACGACCACAGCCGACUCCUCGCCGUUCACCAUCAUCGAGUUUCUCAACAGGUUAGCAGCUCUGGUUAAAGAUUACUGCGGCAGCUUGUCAGAGAAGUCGGUGCAGAUGAACUUCGCCCUCAUCUACGAACUACUGGACGAGGUCGUGGACUACGGUUACAUCCAGACGACGUCCUCUGACGUCCUGAAGAACUUCAUCCAGACUGAAGCCGUUUCCUCCAGGCCGUUCAGCUUGUUUGACCUCAGCAACGUGGGCCUGUUUGGAGCAGAGACGCAGCAGAGCAAAGUGGCUCCGAGCUCUGCGGCCACCCGGCCCAUCCAGUCCAGCAGAGAGCAGGGAGGGAAGAGCGAGAUAUUCGUGGACGUGAUUGAGAGGAUGACGGUCGUCAUCGGUUCCAACGGAGUUCUGAUGAAGGCGGACGUGGAGGGCGAGAUCAGAGUGAAGUGCUACAUGCCGAGCUGCUCAGAGAUGCGAAUCGGCCUGAACGAGGAGUUCAGCAUCGGCAAGUCGCAGCUCAGAGGUUAUGGCGCUGCCGUUCUCGAUGAGUGCAGCUUCCACCAGGCGGUCCGACUGGACGAGUUCGACAGCCAUCGGAUCCUCCGCCUGUGUCCCAGCCAGGGAGAGCAAACGGUGAUGCAGUACCAGCUGAGCGACGACCUGCCGUCAGUGCUGCCCUUCCGUCUCUUCCCGACCAUUGAGAGAGACAACGGAGGAAGGCUCCUGAUGUACAUGAAGCUUCGCUGCGAUCUGCCACCAAAGAGUGCUGCCAUCAACGUGUGCGCCACCAUCCCCGUUCCCAAAGGCUCUGUGAGUUUGUCGCAGGAGCUGAGCAGCCCGGAUCAGAGUGCCGAGCUGAAGCCUCAGAGCAGGGCCGUCGUCUGGCAGAUCCCUCGCUUCGCCGGAGGGACGCAGCUCUCAGCCCUGUUCAAGCUGGAGGUGCCCAGCCUCAGCUCGGCUUCCAUGUUGGAGGUCGGUCCGGUUGGGCUGAGCUUCGAGCUGCCGAAGAUCACUGCCACGGGGCUGCAGAUCCGCUUCCUGCGCCUGUCACCUAUCCAGCCCGGCCCAUCGCAGCGCUGGGUCCGAUACGUCACCCACUCGGACUCCUACACAAUCAGGAUCUGAACCUUUGGAUUAUCUGAGCAAUUACAGCCUUAAAUUCCACAGUGAAUCAGCGAGAUGAUGAGUUCACUGACUGCUGGAGACGAGACACAUGAAAUAAUGUAUAUGUGAUUCUACUGUUUGUAAAUUAAAGUCAGGCUGUUUCA